GAGAGUCGUCCAACAGAUGGCAGGAGGUGUAGUGUCGCGUCCUGCUGGCUUCUGCUGCUGCUGCUGCUGCUGAGUUUGUUGGUAAACAGGCACUGGGACAGACAUGACCACCUCUCUACUGGAAGAUUCCUGACCCCAUAACUUCCCUCCACCACUCUAAUUUUUAUGUUAUGGGUUUUGACCUGACAAGGUUCCAGGGGGAGGUGGAUGAGGAGCUGCUUUGUCCUAUAUGCUCUGAAGUUCUGCAAGAUCCACUCCAGGCUCCUUCAUGUGAACAUGCUUUCUGCAGUGGUUGCAUCAAUGAAUGGUUGUCCAGGCAGCAGACUUGUCCGGUUGAUCGCCAACCUAUUACCUCUUCUCAGCUUAAGUCCGUACCGAGGAUACUUCGUAGUUUACUUUCAAAGCUAUAUAUAUCCUGUGACAACAAAUCUCAUGGUUGUAUAUCAGUUGUAAAACUUGAUGCCUUGAGUUCUCACUUAGAAGAAUGUGAAUUCAACCCCAAGCGUCCGGUUCCAUGUGAACAAGGGUGUGGCCUAGUUGUUCCAAAGGAUGAGUUAAAGGAUCAUAAUUGCCUUCGAGAGUUACGAAGUUUGAUACAAAAUCAGUCGGGUAAAAUUGCAGAGUUACAGCAAGAGCUCGCUGAAAACAAAUACCAACUCAAUGAACAAAAACGGGAAAUUCAACUUCUAAAGGAUUUUAUGCGAGCUAUGAGAAUCAGUAACCCACAGAUGAGAGCAAUAGCUGAUCAAAUGGAGCAAGAUGAGGUUGUGAGGUGGGCCAGUUCUCUAGCUCGUGCACGGGUCACUCGCUGGGGUGGUAUGAUUUCCACUCCUGAUGCUAUGUUACAGGCUGUGAUCCGGCGUGCUCUGAGUGAGUCUGGAUGUCCCCCACAUAUUAUAGAUCAACUUAUGGAGAAUGCCCAUGAACGAAGGUGGCCACCAGGGUUGUCUACGCUGGAGACCAGGCAGGUAAUGAACCGCCGACACUAUGAGAGCUACAUUUGCAAAAGAGUGCCAGGGAAGCAAGCAGUGGUGGUGAUGGCAUGCGAUAAUCGUCAUAUGAAUGAUGAUAUGCUUCUUGAUCCAGGACUGGUAAUGAUCUUUGCCCAUGGUAUAGAAUAAGAAGCAGUGAGUGUGGCUGGUGCUAUAUAUGAAUUUAGAUUAUGUCAUUAUUAUUUUCUCUUUAUGCUCUUUGAUUUUUUGUGUAUGAAAUGGCUACAGCCUAUGCAUAAUAAACUAAUGUACAUUGGAUUUGAUUCAUGAUUAAUUGGGAAAAUUUAAUGUUGAAGUUUUAUUUUGUAUUGCCAUUGUUUUAAAUUUAGCAAGUUUUGUCUCUUUAGUUUAUUAAAAAUCAAAAGGAAUAUAAAAUUGUCUAUCAAAGCUGAGCUUAGAUUUGUAUAUUGGUUGAAAGUGCAUUAUUGCUACCUAUAUUUCAUUUCUCUGGCAUUUAAACAAAAAGACAGUAAAUUAAUCUGUUUAAUAUUUUAGUGGCUAAUUUGUCCUGCAGGAUUCUUUUAUGCUCGCCUGUGAUAGCCAUUUGUAAGUGGUUAUUAAUUUGACUCAUACUGAAAUUAAGUUUUAGAUAUACAUAGUAUCUGAAAUGUCUACUGCUUUGCAGUGUUCAUUUUAACAUUGGCAACUAGAAAUAUGGUGGUGUGGUGAAGCUACUGUUAGGUGUUGCAUUCCAACUGUCUUAUGAAUUGUACUCUUGUUGCUGAUGAUGUUCACACAACUCAUCACCUAUAAUUUGUAUUGUCAGGCUGAAUUACUAUGCAGCUUACUACUGGGAACAAAUACAAAUUAUGAUCAGUUUAUUAAACUGGGUGUGCAA